ACAACCCCUUCUCAGAAGAACUACUUAUAGCCAUAACAGAUCAAACUGAAACUUAUUUUAUCCCGCCAUCACAAAAUGCAUCUCCUUACUCUGAUCUGUGGCAUUGUGCUUCUCUCUAAAGCCCACACCCUGAGAUGUUAUGAGUGUGUGGGACUCUCAGGAACCUGCCAAGACAAAACAAUAGAAUGCCCUUCGUCAAGUCAACAGUGUGCUGCACUUCAUUUAACUAUAUAUGCAGGUUCAAUACUAACUGAAGUCAAGACAAAAGGCUGCGCUUUGGCUCAAGAGUGUGUGAACGCCUCAAUCAACAACGGAAUCUCUAAAACCAUAAUUACCAGCGAGUGUUGCAACUCCGAGCUCUGCAAUGACCAAUUUGCCCCUGUGCCCAGCAAAUCCAUUGCAAAUGGUAAAAAGUGCUUCCAAUGCAACGGAAAAGACUGCACCGCAACUCUAAACUGUGAGGGAACUGAAGACCACUGCAUCUCAACCAAAGUGACUACAAGAGGUGAAUCAAUCACCCUGAAGGGCUGUGCCUCCAAGGUGAUGUGCGCACCUGAAUCUACAACGAUGGCAGGAGCCGCUGGAACAGAAAUAAGCUGCUGUCAGGGGAAUUACUGCAACAGCGCCAGCAGCACAAGUGCUGGCCUUCUGCUCCUGGUGACACCGCUGGUCUCUUUGGUCGCGCUCUCUUAAAUAGUUGAGACAGUAGCAUAACCCCCAGCUUCUCAUCUUUGCAAGGCCUCAUAGUGCUCACACCCCUCCUUAUCCGUUCAACUGAUGAGUGAGAAAAUUUAGCUGGCAAAGCGUUUAAAUAUAGUUUAGUAAAGCUGUGAUUUCCAUUUAUCUCUUAUCAGCUAGUUUCUAACCAGCUUAUUUACAUUUUUUAGCAUGUUGCCUACACAACAGCAUCUGUCUUGCGUAGAAUGGUUCUUUCUGGGACGAGAAUGUAUAUGAGUGCGAUAUUAUUAACCUGAAACCUAUUUUUAAUUACAAUUAUCAAGAAUAUUUUGAUGUCAUUGACAAAAGAAAAAGCUGGAUAAAUAACUUUCUCAAA